GCCGGGAGGGGCUGCUCCGCGCUCGCCGUACGCUCCGCGCCUUCCCCAUCACCGGGGCCGACGCCGGGCCAGGAGGAUGCGCGGCGCGGGGCUCUGAAGGAUGGAGGGGGUUCUGUACAAGUGGACCAAUUAUCUCACAGGUUGGCAGCCUCGUUGGUUUGUUUUAGAUAAUGGAAUCCUAUCCUACUAUGAUUCACAGGAUGAUGUUUGCAAAGGAAGUAAAGGAAGUAUAAAAAUGGCAGUUUGUGAAAUUAAAGUCCAUUCAGCAGACAAUACAAGAAUGGAAUUAAUCAUUCCAGGAGAGCAGCAUUUCUACAUGAAAGCAGUGAAUGCAGCGGAAAGACAAAGGUGGUUGGUUGCUCUGGGGAGUUCCAAAGCCUGUUUGACUGACACGAGAACUAAAAAAGAAAAAGAAAUAAGUGAAACCAGCGAAUCUCUGAAAACCAAAAUGUCUGAACUUCGCCUCUACUGUGACCUCCUAAUGCAGCAAGUCCACACCAUCCAGGAAUUUGUUCACCAUGAUGAGCCUCACUCAUCUCCCAGUGUGGAGAAUAUGAAUGAAGCCUCUUCUCUGCUUAGUGCCACAUGUAAUACAUUCAUCACAACACUUGAGGAAUGUGUGAAGAUAGCAAAUGCCAAGUUUAAACCUGAGAUGUUCCAACUGCCCCAUCCAGAUCCUUUAGUUUCUCCGGUGUCACCGUCUCCUGUUCAGUUGAUGAAGCGUUCUGUUAGCCAUCCUGGUACUUGCAGUUCAGAAAGGAGUACCUACUCUGUGAAAGAACCAGUGUCUGCACUUCAUCGAUUCUCCCAGCGACGCCGAAGAACCUAUUCAGAUACAGACUCUUGUAAUGAUACUUCCCUCGAAGACCCAGAGAGACCUGUUCACUGUUCAAGAAAUACACUUAAUGGAGAUUUGGCAUCAGCAACCAUUCCUGAAGAACAUAGGUUUUUGGCCAAAAAAAAAUCUGACUCAGAAGAUCCUCUUCCAUCAUUUUCUUCCUGAGGAAACUGAGGUGUCCAACUUCCUCUAAGUAUUGCUAUGCAAAAGCUGCUGUAAUUAAACUAUUGUUAUAGGGAGUAGUUUUUCCCUUUACUUAGGAUUUCUCUGCACUUUAUAGAAUAUUGUAAAAAAACAAACAAAAACAACCCACAUACUUUUGAAGUGUAUUUUAUCUUUAUAUAAUUUGCAAGAGUAUUUUCCUAAUAACUUCACGGUAUGAUUGUGCAUCUUUUUAUCUUUUUUUUUUUUUUUUUUAAAAAACAAAUGGUGGUGUAACAUUUUGACAUCCAUAAGGACAAAUGUAGAUAUUUUUCUAAAAAAAAACUGUGAGGGACUGACUGAUAGUUUAGUCAGUGUGUAUUGUAGCUUAUAAACAUGGAAUCUUAUAGAGAUAAGGUUUCGGUUUGAGAGAAGUAUGGUUUAUGUAACUUGUGCCAUGGACCAAAUGGUCACAUUAUCCCAGCUAAAAAUGAAUUACUAUAUAGCAGCUUGAUGGUGAGUGUAUUGUAUUCCUUUAAGCAAAAAGGAAACACUUGACAUUUUGAAUAUUUUUAGCCCAAAUUCUAUGAACACAUUGAUGAUUUUUUAAAAGCAGACUAUGUUGUCCUGCAUAUGUGAAGUUGAUGCUACUGAUUUGUCAAUACCAAAUGUUGAAUUAAAGUAUUUAAUGUUUAUUUAUUUAUUAUUCUGUUGCAUCAAAAAAAUGAAUUCUAACUUUUGUGACCUACCAAAUUUAAGAUGUGUAACAUUGUUUUUUGCAUUGUUCUAGAAAAGAAGCUUAUUGUUGUAGUGACCUUGCUCACAUACACCAGAGAAAUAAAUGACUUGCAAUGGAAGAGGAUUUUAGUGCUUUUUUCCUAAAAUAGACAGUAAGCUGCUUUUGUAAGGUAUUAUAUUACAGCUCUUUAGAAUAUUUAGAGAUAUUUUUUAUUUAUAAAUAUUUAUAUGGAAAAAGAAUUCUGUUAAGAUGACUGUACUACAUACACCACUUUAGAAUGGCAUUAUUUAAUUAAAGAACAAAUGGCAUUUUUUGGUUUGUGCUUGUCCAUACCUGUUGUCAGUGUUUGCUUUGUAAAUAGUUUUUUCAUUGUCUUUGGAGUGAUGGUUUUAUUCAACAACUUAGAUAAGGAACACUUUAAAACUGGUUUGGUGUUUUUAAGUUCAUCAGACAUUGAAUAAAUACAUGGUUUUUGCAUUCAAAA